CUCCGGCAUGCCGCACCGCACUGCGUUGCGAUUAAAAUAUUUUAAUUUUUCCGCACUGUGCCGCACGUCAUACGUGCGUUGGAUGAAUUUGAGAACGCAAAAAGUAGUGAAUUUACAACCAUCCUUUUUGUAGGUUACGUUAUAUGUCAUAUGAUACACAAACAUGGAUUUAAUAAGUGAGGACUAUUCAUAUACGGAAUAUAGUACUGAGGGUAUCAAUGAGUUAAUAAUCCAUUAUGUAAGAAACCGCCCACAAUUGUGGGAUUUGAAUGAUAAGUGCUACCGAGAUAAUGGUCUGAAAAAAAAAUUGUGGUGUGAGGUUGCCCACGAACUUAAUAUGACUGAGGAGUUUGUGAAGAACCGUUGGAGAAAUCUUCGAGAUCGGUAUAUAAAGGAGAAAAAAAAGUCUGUAACAAAAAGUGGGCAAGCAGCUGUUCAUUUUGUACCAUAGUCAUUUAUGGAACAUUUACAUUUUUUAUCCGAUACAGUGGAACCUCGCAAGACUAUAACAAACUUCGAAAGUUUAGAACAUCCCUUAUCUAGAAGCGAUACAUCACCAACAUCUUUGGAGACUUUUCAAUCUGAAGAAUAUAUGUACAACAUACAAGAAGAGUUUCAAGACAAUAUGUGGGAUAACAUAAGACAGACAGAACAAACAGAUUUUUGUUCACCGCAUUCAUUAAAUAUGCCGUCUCGUCCUUCUAAUAGUGCCUCUCCUCGUCCUAAUAAUACUUUGUCUCGUUCUAACAGUGCUUUGAUUCGUCUUGAUAGUGUCUCCCCUCGUCCUAAUAGCGCCUCCCCUCGUCCUAAUAGCGCUUCCCCUCGUCCUCAUUAUGCCUCCUCUCGUCCUAAUAGUGCUUCUCCUCGUCCUGAUAGUGUCUCGUCUCGUCCUCAGACUAGUCAUCGAAUGAGUAGUCAUUCUCAAAAUCAGCCUACAGCCAGCAAAUGUGCAAAACGAACAAAAAGACAAUUGUCUGAAACGGGUAUAGAUGCGGUUGAUGAAGCAAUUUUAAAUUUAGUGGGAAAACAAAAUUCGGCAGAUACUGUGAAUUCAGACGAUCUUUUUUAUUUAUCUAUAUCUCGGGAUUCACAGCAACUAAACGUAAACGCAAAAUUACGCUUAAAGACACUUGUACUACAAAUACUUUCUCAAGUUAUAACAGAGGAACAAAAUAAAAAUUAAUCGA